UCUGGUACUGAUGGUUGUGGCUGCACCGUUUCUUUGUUGCGCUGCUGCUGCGGCUGGUGGCAUGGUCCCCCGAACGAGAAUGGCCACACCUGCAGCCGACGACGAUUCCUUGGUGACACUCAAGAGCUGCUUUCCCAGCGUUAUACUUAUUAAUUCCAGCUUCGUGUACACCUGCGAAGUUGACAAUGCCCAACCACUGAUUGGCUCAAACCUCUUCGCCGCGUACUCCACCUCUGUUGUCGAUCCUGGCUGGCCGGCGGCUCUUGAUGCGGGAACCAAUACCAUUACAUUCAAGCCUAAUGGUCGUAAUCCGACUUCAGGACGUUGGGACAUAGCCAUUAUAAGGUUUCCCGAUCCACCCAACAUUUUCUCUAUUCUGACGACCACUCUGAGCAUAGAGUUGAUGAUGUUUAAUGAAACCGAAGCAACUUUCAAUACACCCUCUCCAUAUUACGGUAUGAGUGCAUCGCUUGCACCCAAUCUCCCGAGUGGCACCACGGCUUCGAGCUUCAUGCUGGUCCGCUCUUUCAAUAACUGCUGGUACACCAAUAGUACCUGCACCGCCUCUGCUGGGUGCUACAAAAUGCCACCACCCGGAUAUCUUCCCCCUCCAGGCGAAUACUGGCUCUGUCUGACGUCAAAUGGCUGGCAUGACCAAUACCUUCCGUGGGGUGCGGAAUCUCUUGAGGUGAAGGCGCUGAUGGUCACACCGCUGUACUUGACAGCUGGUAAAGACAAAAAUGUCGUGCUGCAGGAUGCGGAAUCUGUGGUGACGAAGCUGAACCGUGUGUUCCUGGCGUGGUGCCCUGGCAACAACUGCCCCCUUGUGACUAUUGGCAGUGGGGAAAAGGUGGUGCACCGUGAUGCGUGUGUGAACACCUCCGGCUCGUCGCGUGUGAAUCUGUCCGACCGCCGUGCGCUGUCUGCAGAAGCUGGUGUGUACGCUGUGUGUGUCGAUGAUGAUGGUGAUGGAGAGUACACUGCUCCCGCUGCGCUGCCGGUGACGGUGCUG